AUGAGAUUUGCCUUGAAUGCCAACAUUGCUGACCAUGCCGAUCUUGUCGUUGACGGUGUGUUGCGCAAUUCUCUGUCCACCUCCAUUGCAAAGAAUUUCAAAGGAGCAUUUGAGAAAGCACUUUACCAAGGAAUGAAAUCUUCAUCCAAGCGUGGUGCGGUCAAAUACUCGAAGAUGCAAGUAAAGGAACUUCUCAGUUUCCCUGGCUUGGUGUCAACUAACAGUAGUGCCCUGUCGGCGGUUGGUAGUCUUGAAUUGAGAUUGUAUCGGGUAAGUCAUGACACCAGCGUGGAUACGAAACCCAGUGAAAAGGACUCCUUAGGUGGGGAUGUCGACAGACCUCCAGCAUAUGAAAAGUGUGCUGAGUGGUAUGAUUGCAUAUCCAAUCUCGAGUUCGACGGCCCACGUCCACCUUUUCAUAUCGAUUUCUUCGACCACAAGGAGGCUGGCAGGCCCAUCAAAGAAAGAGUCCUAAAAGAACUUCCCACAGGCUGCAAGCUAUGGGCUAUUUUUGUCUUCUAUCUUCGUUCAAGCGCGGAUUUGCGAGCCCUUGGUUUCGAUUGUCCGACCUCUCUAUCUGCUCAAUUGCUUCUUCCCACUUCCUCAACUACUUCAAUUGAAUUGAAAGCCAGCAACGCAGAAGGCUGCAAACAAAAGCCAGAGGAUACGUUGAUUGGAAACGCUCUGGUGGAAAGCAUUAGUGGCCAUAGUCCAGGAAACAAGUCUGACUGUAGCGAGAUCGAGAAGAUUGAAGCUCAUCCAUUAACUGCUCCAGCUUCGGCUCCCCGGACAACUUCAAACAGCCUCUUAAAUAUAAUGGCGAGCUCGGACAGAGAAGAGGGUCUCAGUGUUAGCGAGAACUUGGAGGAUCGUUCUGCUGGACAAAGUGUGACCCACAUCACAAAAAGAUCGAUUCUUACAAGAACUACACCCCAGAAUUCUCACUACUAUUCAAGUCAAGGUCUCGGUUUUGUUAUAAAUGGCGCAAGGCUUAAAAGAGUACCCGUCAUUGAGCGCCCUGAACCUGGAAUGUCAGCCAAUACUUCUAGCAACGAUGUCCAAUUGAAGCAAGAUCCUGCUGACGAGUGCGACACUCCUCGAAAGUCUAGAGAAAGAGGUCUGAUAUUUCUCCCAGGGGUUACUGGAGUAAACACAUCGCCGGCUCAUAAAGCAUUCCUUGAGAGACCUGCAACUGAGGACGCCGAAUCUCGCGAAGUCACUCCCACUCCCGCGCAUGAAGUAACCCAAGGAGAUGAUGGGAACAACUUCACUUACGGUCAACAAAAUUCGCCACAUCUCAGUGCAAGCAGGCGAGGAUUUUCUCAACCACCAAAGGUACUGCCAUCUAUAGAAGGAGGACAAUUGAGUCUUUCAGUUAGCCAGGAUGAGUCGUUGGGCUCGGCUUGGAAGCCUGGAACUGCUCCUAUGACUUCGUUAAUGCAACAAAUCCAAACAGUACAACGUGGAUCAGCUAGCCUCAACGAUACUUGGGCUCUGCCGAACAUCAAACUCAGCAAUUCGUUUGUCAAGGACUCAUUGGUGUCUGUCGACGGUCAGGACAACUUGACGAAGUUUGAUUUUCUCCUUCCAGACACCUUCACACCCUCGUCACCGCUAGGUACCUCACAACAAAACAAGUUCACAUUUCACCAGCCAGGGAAUCCCGCCAUCGAUAGUCAAUCAGAGCCUCUCUUGAGCCGAGCUUCGGUCCGCAGAGCACCUUCUGAAGCAUCAUCCGAGGCAGAUACCGAGGUUGCUGAACCAGAGGAUACCGAAAGAAUUGUAAAAGCAAGUCGGAGAAGCACGCAGACUACCAAUACGAGCCGGUUUCCAUCCCACCCACUUCCAUUGAAUGACAUUUCCUUCAAUUCUAAUGUGACUGAGGAAGAGCAAGGCAACCAUACUCAUCCUAGUCCAGUUCUGGGCAGUCGAAGAUACUCAAAUUCUAGAUCCGGCGUCGGCAGCCCACUCUCUCGAUCUUCUACGGCCGACACGAAAAGUUAUUCGACUCCUAGCAGCCCAAUGCAGCAAAUUAGAGAGAACUUGUCUGCCGAACCACUUACCCCAUAUAGGAACUCGUUGCCCAACUUCGAGCCAGAAACCGUUAAGAAUCUCACUUCCAAACCAGGCACCAAGCAACCCAUGUCCCAGACUCAAACUCCUCUAAAGCGAAAGUCUGAUGCGAUGGCCAGAAACGUAACCCCAGAUCCAGUUUCCCCUAGAAAGACCUCUAUUGCUCCAGCCGAAAGAAAGCACAGGUUUGAAGAUGACAAGGCAGCGGCGAAAGCUCGGAUUGCGGCGGCUGAGAGAAAGCGAGAGGGACUCCAGAAGAAACUUGAAGCGGCGAGGGAGUUGAAGCGAGAGAUGGACAAGGUUCAUGAGCUGCACCAAAAAGCUGCUGACGUUGAACAAGAGAAUGCUGAGAUGGAAGCAGAGAUUGCGGCGAUCUACGGUACGAAGAAUACGGCACAUGAAUAG